UAAUAUUUAUUUUUAUUAUUAGUAUUUUAUAAGUACAAAUACAAAUUUAAAAAAAACCCGUACAACGUCAAGUUCGUUCGGUUUACGCCACUGAAAAACUGUAAUACAACAUCGUGCACGUAUCGUCGCCACUGCUGAGUCGGUCGCGGUGGAAUGCGCCGUCAUCGUCACUGGAAUAAGUGAUGUUAUCGAUGAACAGGCCGAUUAUCUAUCAGACAUCUAACAUGGGAAUGCACAAUGCGAACACGUGUGCCGGAAACAUGUACACACAUACGGCUGGUGACGACUACUAUGGCGGACUGGAGUACGAUCCACAAUGUAUGGGGCGGCCGCCACUGGAGUCUACGGCGUACGCAGAAUGCUAUUACCAGAAGAAUACGGCCGCCGACUACAGGACUUACUACGGGGACGCCGCUAUAGGCGGCUACGCGUCUGACCCACUACAACUGCAGCAGCAGUCCGCCGACGGGUACCAUCAAGCGGCCGCGGCCACCACGGCGGCUGAAGCGGACGUUAUUAUCACAUCGUCGGACGGCUUGAGCUACACCAACUUGGACUGCAACGGCGGUGGCGGCGGUACGCCCACCGGCGGCAACGGACACCACGUGCACGACUACGGAACGUACGGCGGCGGCGACGAAGUCGCUGUCGGCUACAACGGCAAACCGUACGCGGGAUAUGUUCGGGACGACGCCGAACCCUAUUGCGGCACGUCUGUGGACAACGCGUUCUUCAACAUGCACUUGAACCAUCACUCCCAUCACCACCAUCACCAUCACGAGCAAUCGACCCCGGCGGUGACAGACGAUCGGUGUCCGCGAAUCAAGCAGGAAAGCUCCUCCCAGUGUUAUGGAACCCAAGACAGCCCGUCGCCUUACCACGAGGCCGCGGCUUACCAGCAGCACCAGCUAGGACAACCCCAACAUGCGGUACACCAACAACACCUCCACCAACAGCAACAACAGCAGCAUCAACAACAACAGCAACAACAUUGUAGACAGAACGGCGGUUCGCAGAAUCAGUUACAGCAGCCAAAACACGGUUCGACAACGCCGACCACAGUACCCACUUACAAGUGGAUGCAAGUGAAGCGAAACGUUCCUAAACCAGCUGUUUUGAAACCCGACUACCACCACCAAACUCAGAACACGACGUUUGGCGGCACCGCUACCUCGAUCAUGCCCGGCCAGGGACUUAUGUCGGAUGUUAGAAACAGUCAACAGCAUAAUAUGCUGAACCAAUCACCGGUGACCCGAUCACAAGUGAUCAACAAUAACUCGGCUCUAAUGCUGAUGAACAACACGGGCCGGACAAACUUCACCAACAAACAGCUAACAGAGCUGGAAAAGGAGUUUCACUUCAACCGGUACCUGACCCGAGCCAGACGAAUAGAGAUUGCGUCUGCCCUCCAGCUGAACGAGACUCAGGUGAAAAUAUGGUUUCAAAAUAGAAGAAUGAAACAGAAAAAGCGUCAGCGCGAAGGACUGCUGCCGGUGGCUCAACAACACCAACAGGACAUGCACUUAAGCGGCACAAGCAGCACAAGCAACUCGCCGACCGCUUCAAAUGUAUAAAAAGUACAAACAAAAACCAACCCCGAGUCUAAGUCAAACAUAAUAUAUUUUAUUGUGAUUUAAAUGAUAUAAUAUCAUCGCGCGCAGCCAGCAGGGGCACCAAAAAUUGAAUGAUUACUAGGUAGAUAUUAUAUAAUUUAUUAUUCGUAUUAUUAUUACAAAAAUCGUUUAUUUCAAGUAGCAACUACUGAGUUUUAUGAAUAAAAAACGUAAGCGAAGCGACUACCAGUCUUAAAAAACAGGUAUUAUAAAACCAAUCCCAAUAAUCCAUUUUCAAACUCGCUGAACCAUAUUCUUUAACAUAAACCUUAUCCUGAUACCCCGACCGUAUCUUGUAGAGCUCAUCUGAAGUACGUUGAAACAAAAGUAAUUUAAGUAUAGGUACAAGAUGAAAAAAAAUGGAUUAAAAUCGAGGAAAAAGUCACGUGCCCUAGUUCAAUGGACUUUAGAGGCCUCACAAGGGAAUCGAUUACACUUUUAAAUUUGUUUAAUGUAAAAUUUAGGUUACCAAUAUUGUAGAAACUUUAAUCGAAAAAAUACACUUUGUACCUAUUGGAAAUUUGGCUUUCGAUGAUGUGGGAUGAAUUUCAAGGUUUCUAUAAAGCCAGGUUUGCGUUGAAAUAAUAUAUAAAAGAAAGUUACCAGAUUAUUAUUAUAAUA